ACAGUCAACGCUGUCAGCUGACUUCCUGGCCAAGGGAGGGAUUGCUGCUAGUGUCCCGCUAAUCCUUUAGGUCCAAAAAAAUAAAAAUACCACGGUCGGAGAGGGAACGGUCCAUUACGCGCCUAUUCGUGCGGACAUUAAGUAGAAUUGACUGCCCACCAUGGAAUGUGAGGUCUGAGGGACAGCCACCAUGAUUGGAGGACUGUUCAUCUAUAACCAUAAAGGGGAGGUGCUGAUCUCCCGCGUCUACCGCGAUGAUAUAGGGCGCAACGCUGUGGACGCGUUCCGUGUGAACGUGAUCCACGCCCGUCAGCAGGUGCGCUCCCCCGUCACCAACAUCGCCCGCACCAGCUUCUUCCACGUCAAACGCUCCAACAUCUGGCUGGCUGCGGUCACCAAGCAGAAUGUCAACGCUGCAAUGGUGUUCGAGUUCCUCUACAAGAUGUGUGACGUCAUGACGGCCUACUUUGGGAAGAUCAGUGAGGAGAAUAUCAAGAACAACUUUGUGCUUAUCUACGAGUUGCUGGAUGAGAUCCUGGACUUUGGAUACCCACAGAACUCAGAGACUGGAGCACUGAAGACUUUUAUUACCCAGCAGGGUAUCAAAGGCCAGCCUCAGACUAAGGAGGAGCAGUCUCAGAUCACCAGCCAGGUGACUGGUCAGAUCGGUUGGCGUCGUGAAGGCAUCAAGUACCGUCGCAACGAGCUCUUCCUGGAUGUGCUGGAGAGUGUGAACCUGCUCAUGUCUCCACAGGGUCAAGUCCUGAGCGCUCACGUCUCCGGUCGUGUGGUGAUGAAGAGCUACCUGAGUGGAAUGCCUGAAUGCAAGUUUGGGAUGAAUGACAAAAUCGUCAUUGACAAACAGGGGAAAGGAGGAACUACUGAUGAUGCUGGGAAAAGUGAGUUAGGGGGAAGCAGUGGGAAGCAGUCCAUAGCCAUUGACGACUGCACUUUCCAUCAAUGUGUGCGUCUCAGCAAGUUCGACUCUGAGCGCAGCAUCAGCUUCAUCCCUCCUGAUGGGGAAUAUGAGCUCAUGAGGUAUCGCACCACUAAGGACAUUAUUCUGCCCUUCCGGGUCAUUCCACUGGUCCGGGAGGUUGGACGCACAAAGCUGGAGGUCAAAGUUGUCAUCAAGUCUAAUUUCAAGCCCUCACUCCUGGCACAGAAAAUAGAGGUGCGCAUUCCAACACCUCUGAACACUAGUGGAGUGCAGGUGAUCUGUAUGAAAGGAAAAGCCAAAUACAAGGCCAGCGAGAAUGCCAUUGUGUGGAAGAUCAAACGCAUGGCUGGAAUGAAGGAGUCUCAGAUCAGUGCUGAAAUUGAGCUGCUGCCCACUAAUGACAAGAAGAAGUGGGCCCGUCCACCCAUUUCCAUGAACUUUGAGGUUCCGUUUGCACCCUCGGGUUUGAAGGUGCGUUACCUGAAGGUGUUCGAGUCGAAACUGAACUACAGUGACCACGAUGUGAUUAAAUGGGUGCGAUAUAUCGGACGCAGCGGAAUCUACGAGACGCGCUGCUAAUGAGCUGCUCAGCAGAAGGACCAGCUUUUACUGUCCUAUAAAUAUACUAUGUUUCCCCCCUUCCCUCUCCUCAAGAUUUGUGAAUGAAUUAAAAAGGCUAAUCACAAAAAUAUGCAAAAUGUGAAACGUAGUUGCCUGUAUGUGUUUGUACGAGUGCUGUAAUGACCAGAUCCAGUGGAGAGCAGUGAGUGGUGUACUUUAAAGCCUGUGCAGUUAAUGUCUGUCUUUCAAAACCCAGCUUCCUGAUUCGCUGUAGUCGGUCUUACGGGACCCCUGUCCCUUGUUGUUGGUUAUUCUCCCAUUGGUCAUACUCUCAGUAUCUUAUCUAUCUCUCUCUGUGACUGUUUAGUUCGGUAUAAAUAUAUAAUGGAGUAAAAAAAACUUUGUGUUGUGUGUAUUUUGUGGUUUCAUUUUUCUUCAAUUCAAUAAAUCACGUCUAUUUCAUAGUUGUAUCAUGAUGAACGAGAAGUAAAUAUGUUUCAUGGUGGGUGUUAAAUAGAUGGCAGAAAAAACAACUUUUACAUUAAACACCAUUUAUUUGUCUUCCUGUCUCUGUUGUCAUCCUGUACAAUCAAAAGCUGACAGGAUUAGGGAAGGCAAAGUUAAUAAAUAAUUCUCCUAGAUUCAUUUAAUUUGUGCAAAGGAAAAAUCAGAGGCUUGAAAACACAUUACCAUGAAAGUGAAGCGUCAAUCAUUGAAUUCUGAAAUCAGUGAAAGUCUGGACAGCAGUUUGACGAGCCUCUGCCUCUUGUCAAAUUAUGAAACGAGACAACAACAAAAAAAAUUAUAUAAUCACUAGAGGUACAAUCUCAAUUUAAACGUACAAUUGGCAUAUCCAUAAAUGUACAUUUAAAAAAAAAAUGCUGACAAAACUAUUCAAAGUUAAUGAUAAGGGUUACAUACAAGUUAAUCGCAAGAACAUUUUGUGCCUCAACCGGUUAAAAAACAACUGUAUCGUAACGACUUAAUAUCAUCACGUUUUACUAAUUCUUUCCCAUGAUUCACUAAAUCGUAGCAUGUUGUAAUAAUUCGUUUAGUUAAAUCAAAACGUGGGAAUUAUUUCAAUAUCCCCACGAUUUACUAAAACGAAAAAACGAAUUCUUAAUUCGUGCCACGCCAUUUAUAUUUUUUUCAUGUCACGUGACGCGACGGACUCAAAAAACGGACAAUUACACACUUAAACCAAUGAUUGCUUUAUAGCCUUCCAUGUGUGUAACUCUUUCGUUGUUUUUCUUUUAGUAUACCAAAUAAAAAUUAUUUUCUAUCAAACUGGACAGUAACUGUUGAGAUCAGACCCAGAAUAUUCCUUUCAAGUGGUUUAAUUGUGAACUAUUAAUCAUAAUAGACAGCUCAGUUGGUUUCACUUGCAGCACUUAAGCAAUUAUCAAGUCCAAAACUCAUCUGAACUGAACAUGAAAAACAAGCCCUUUAGCCUUAGUUUAGCCUAAGCUCCAUGAGAACAAUCACAGUGAAAGAUAAACGGCAUUGUGCGGUAAAUGAUAGAAAAAAACAGUGAUUUGCUUCACUUUCUUUUCAAAAGUUUAACAACUCUAUUUUAUGUAAAGCAUUUAUUUUUUAAAAUACAGUGUUUAAAUUUGUAAUCAUGACCUGUACUAAAGCAUGACACACCAACCUCAAGUAGAUGAGUAAAGGGAGACCAAUUCGAUUAAGUCAAAGACGGUACAGUUACUAUCUCACUUUCCCAACAGCCAUGCUCAAGGUGCCUCGGUAAUAUUGGCGUAUUUUAGUUAUUCAACACAUGUUUAGAACUAUUAACCGUGACAACACUGAUUAUG